AUGAGUUCCACUCGUAUCCCUGCUUCGGCAGCUAAGAAAGUCGCGAACGUCGCGGAAGUUUGUAACGUUGGGAAGGAAGACGCGUACAGGAUUCUCCAGCAGGUACAUAUGGACGAGGAAGUGGCUGUUGAAAAGUUUCUCACGGGCAAGGUCGACGUAUGGCACGAGGUUGGCGACAAGAAGAGACGUCCCGGGAGCCAGACAAAAAACAACAAUAACAAUCGAUCGGUGCCCCUUACCGGUGGUGCACCCAGGAAGGUGCACCAGGGGCGGGGAGUGCCCAACACGGAGGGCGCGCAGGUGCGUCAGCAGAAUAGUCGAGCCUCGAGCGCUGCUGCUGAACCAGACUCAAAAAUCAAGCCGAGACGCCCCGGUCCGUCGAGACCAAAAGGUGGCGCUAAAUCAGGGAAGCCGUUUCCUGAACGCAAGGCAAACGCUAGCGCCAGGAACGGGGAGCGCUCGAAGCAGACCGCUGCUAAAGAGGAAGCGGACAACGCACCAGCUCCGACGAAGGCUGCGGGGCUCGCCCCACCGAAACCAGCGGGCCCUACCUGGGCGGAUCGUUUGAAGGCGAAGAAAGUGCAAGAAGUAACAGCACCCACUGAGAAUAAUCAGCCCGUGGAUGCUGGUGCGAAUUCGAGUCUCGAGCCUAGCACGGCGCCUACUGGCUCGUCGCUCGAGUCUCACAAAGCGCAGUACACUGCCUCGAGUUCUGCGGUAGCGACAUCAGCGGAGACCGGAGCGGAGACAGUGAGUCACGGACGCAUGGUAUCGACUGAAAGCCGGGCUAAUGCUCCGCCUGUAUCGAAUAUGCCGACUAUAGAGAAGCAUUACCCGAAUGAAGAGCACCAUCUGAGCAUGAGCUUUAGCAACAUGGCGGUGAACGGGCAGCCUCUGCCCAACCAAUCAUUGGACAGUACGGAAAGCGGUGUUGCACAAGGGAGCCGGCCAUUAGAGCCCUCGAGGCAAGUUCCGUACGAUGGGGCCGAAAGACUGCCGUCGGGCCUGCAGCCCCCUGCAACAAUUUCUGCUGCGCAGAGCAAGUCCUUGCAGGUUGAAUCAAAUGCAAAACUCAGCACGCCAGAAUCAUGGUCGAUGGCACCAAACCCGAACGCAGUUCGCAGCCAACCACGCGAGAAUGCGCGGUUAGAGAACCAGCAGUCGGGUUCUGAAACCGCUGCGAACACAUCGAAUGAGAAUAACAGCGGACAAACUUACUCGGCGCCUGCGGAGCACAUUCAGUCACCACAACAUUAUCCGGCACAAGUGAACGGUGUACCCCCUAACUAUUACGGAUACUACCCCUACGGAGUGCCGGGCCAUGUUCCAAAUUAUGGCCUCCAGGGCUAUCCGUAUUACCAGCCGUAUGGUGGCUACACCGACACAGCAUACCCCCCGAAAGCAGCGCCGAAUAUGACAAACCAAAACCUUUCAUAUGCUGCCGGUCCUGGUGAACCGAAACUGAGUACGAUGCCCCAUGCGCAACCGGCAUCAAUGGGCAGCUCGGGAGCAGCACCCACGCACAGCACUGGCUACAACCAAACUGAGUUGUAUUACGGUAGCGGUGCGUAUCCCCAGCAGUACGCCGCUGCGUAUGGCAUUUCAUCAGGAGGCCUAGGGGUCGGCGUCCCCAAUGAGCAGACUCGUAGCGUCCGACGCAAUCGCAACCCAGACUUCUACCCAGCGAGUGGAAGCAUGUCCGUAGGAGGCAACUACGGCAGUGGAUUCGGUUCAUUUUACGGGACAUCUCACCAGGCAGCCGCGUCGCAACCAUAUGGAGGAAUGAUGUAUAACGCCCAGGGCUACGGAAACCAGUCUUUCGGCGGUUCCGGUUAUACUGGACAGGCGUUUGCUGGUCAACCGUAUGCCACACAACCAUAUGGCAGCCAGCAAUACCCUGUAUGGCAGGGCCAGCGUGCCGCCGGCGGGGGCAUGCAGUCACCCUUUAACACUGGAGGCACUGGGAAUGUUCCGGGAGCGCUGCCAGGCCAGGCAUCCGGCACGUAUCCAUCGUACUGA